AUAAAAAUUCUUAUUUUAAAUUUUUUUUUGGCAAUGCAGAAAAGAAUAAAUAAUUUUAUUUUAUCUUAAAUAUUCUUUUCUGUAAAGUUAAAUUGAAUCAUUAUUAUUAGAUCAACUUAUUUUUUUUCUUAACCAAUACAAGAGUCAGUUAACAAAACGAUCGUUAAAUGAAGUAUCUACUUAUUCCUAAUAUACGAGCUUUCGUGAUUUCGAAGAUUUGUGCCGUGGACAGACACGACAUCCCCAAUAUCAAAUAGAACAGACAUAACAAUCAAUUUAUAGAUUUUAACACAAGGGUGUUUCCACUAGGGAAUGACCAGGUUGUCUUUUAUUCGACACGUUGUCAGUCCUUUCGAAUCCAUCGUCUCUACUUCGUCUCUACUUCGUCUCUAAUCUCGUUUUUAUUAAUCCUGCAACAUAUACUUGCCACCUUUUGUGAUCAGUCGAUUUCUUCGUUGUUCGUUUAAAUCUUUCCCUACGUUAUAAAGGUAAUAGUGCUAGUUUCUGAUUAAUAACUUUAAAAAUUGAAUUCGACGAGAAACUUUGUUGAGUUUUUAUAACGAAUUUAAUAAGAAUCGUGUACAUAUGCUUUUCUUCUCUUCUAUGAUCAAUCGAUUUCUUCGUUGUUCGUUUAAACCUUUCCCUACAUUAUAAGGAUAACACCGUUAGGUUCUUUCCUAAGUAAUAUCUUUACAAUUAAAUUUGAAUUUUAUCGGUGUUUAUAAUCAAUUUAAUAAAAAUCGUGUUCAUCAUUCGAUCACUUAUGAAUGCAAUACGUGGAUGAUUUACGGAUAAAAUUCGUGCGACUAAUUCUUAAAAAUUUUGUUUUCUGUGAUAGGUGGAACUUUCAUCUCUGUCGAUCGACUGAUUGUCAAUUUCGUCGUUUCGGCGAAUACGUCGAGAAUAUAUAAGAGAAAGUUGUUUGAGUUUGUCAAGUGAAGAAAAAAAAGAGGGAAAAUAUCAUUAACAUCGGAAAUAUCACGGAUAUGCAGAUAAUCCCUAUAGCUGAAGAGGAGGAUAACGAGGAUGAAUACUCUGCUUCGGCGUGCGAGAUCAUGCAACGACGAAGUUCUAGCCGUCGGCAAAGUAGGCGAAAACGUCGACCGUCCUCUCCUUUCAGCAUCGAAGCUGAGAGUAUGCUUCGUCGAAGAUCUUCCGUUUAUACUAUAAGCUCCGGAGAAACCGCGAUCUCGAUGGAGGAGAGCGGAAGCCAGGAGCAGAUAUUCGAGAAACUGAAGUUGCACAAAGAGGUGUUGAGCGGAGUGAAGCAACAACCUUGGCCACUUCGUAGGAAAAUAAAGCUGGUGCGGCAAGCGAAGUCGUACGUGAGAAGGCACGAGGGCGUCCUUCAGGAAAGGUUGGCCCAGACUCGAAGCACUAAAGACGCCAUUGCGCGCGUUUCUCUGUUCGCCACGAAAAAAUGGCAAUAUUUCCGUAGAGAGAUAGUGAACCUCCAAACGUGGCUGAUUCCCUGGGAAUUUCGCAUAAAAGAGAUCGAGUCGCAUUUUGGCUCGGCGGUAGCCUCGUACUUCAUUUUCCUUCGAUGGCUGUUUUGGAUUAAUCUCGUCAUGGCGAUUAUCCUCGUUGCCUUCGUGGCAAUUCCCGAGGUGCUCACGGCAGAUGUAACUGCGGCGGGGGAACGGAAGAUUAUGCUCGAAGAGGAGAAAAUAAAGUCGAAGCACUUGCUAACUCUAUGGGAAUUCGAGGGAAUCUUGAAGUACUCGCCAUUUUUUUACGGCUGGUACACCAACCAAGAUUCGCAAAGCGGUUAUAGAUUACCUCUAGCUUAUUUCGUCACUAAUCUGGUGGUUUACAUCUACAGUUUCCUCGCCAUAUUGCGCAAGAUGGCAGAAAAUUCUCGGUUGAGCAAACUCAGUGAAAAAGAGGACGAAUGCGCGUUUUCCUGGAGAUUAUUCACAGGUUGGGACUUCAUGAUCGGCAAUCCUGAAACCGCACAUAAUAGGACGGCGAAUCUCGUGCUUGGAUUCAAAGAAGCUUUAUUGGAAGAGGCCGAGAAGGAAAAAGACGAGAGAAAUUGGAAGAUAAUAUUGAUGAGGAUCUUCGUUAAUGUAUCAGUGAUAGCGUUAUUGGGAUUGUCGGCGUAUGUCGUAGUGAAAAUUGUUGCACGAAGUUCCAAGGAACUCGAACAGAGUAAUUGGUGGCGUCAAAACGAAAUUACAGUCGUGCUGUCACUAAUCACAUAUCUGUUCCCUGUAUUCUUCGAGAUAUUGGGCCUGCUGGAGAGCUAUCAUCCCAGGAAGCAGCUGCGUUUACAGCUUGCACGAAUAUUAUUUUUGAACAUGCUGAAUCUGUAUUCUUUGAUAUUUGCUUUAUUUGAAAAAAUUGAUUCAAUGAAACAAUUAAGGGAUCAAUCGAUUAAGAAUUGCACGUAUAAGCCUAUUAAAUGUGAUAAAAGUAUGUUGAAAUCACAACAAUUCAUGACAUUAACAUCUUUAAGUUUAAUCUUGGCAAAUAAUAUAACUGGAAUGCAAUAUAGUAAGAAAGAAAUUACUGAAACAACUCUGCCAAAAUUUUCACUGCUGCCAACAAAUUUAUAUCUAAACCCGAUACUCGAUGAAAAGUUCCUGGAAGAAAUGUACAAUUUCGAAGAUUAUCCUCCUGCGGAUUACGAUAAUUACGAUUAUAUUAAAACAAACGAAUCGAAUGAAAUUACAUUAUAUCCUCCAAUCGAGAAUACGACUGAGGAUGUCAAUUUUACAACGGAAAUAAUCGAAAACGAUAACAUCAGUGGAACAACUAUUUUCAUUGUUUUAGAAAAUUUUACCGAAACUUCCUUUUUAAACGAAGAAACUAACACCACUUUUACGACUAGUAUCUCCUUCAACGAAUCUGUAAUUUAUUCGGAUGAAACGACCGAAAAAAUCGACUAUAACAUGAGUACAACUAGAGAUAUUGAUUCGAAUGACAUUACCGAAACCUUCGAUGCAAGUUCAGAGAGAGAUGGAGUCACAGAAAUGAAAGAGAAUUCAACAUCAUUAUCGACACAAGAUAAUUAUCAACAUUUGAUAAUUACAACGUUAAAUACAAACGUGGAAUCCGCGACAAUUACGAAUAAAUUUACUGAGAAAUCUAUUCCUACAGAAAUGAUUGAUAAAAUUUCUACCACUCUUGAAUCUUCGACAUUGGACGAAAGUGUGAUUCCUCUAUUAGAAAAAGAUACAAGAUACGUGAAGUGUUUCGAAUACGUAUGCACGGUCACACAAGAUACAAUCUCCUCGUCGAAACAGUUAGAUCUGAAAACUCGAAAGAAGCUUCGCCAUUCGUGUUGGGAAACGGUAUUUGGACAAGAACUUGCUAAGCUUACUGUAAUGGACUUGAUAAUUAUCAUAGCAAAUACAUUGACUAUAGAUUUUAUUCGUGCUGUCUUCGUGCGAUUCAUGAAUGGUUGCUGGUGUUGGGAUCUUGAGAAACAAUUCCCUCAAUACGGUGAUUUCAAAAUUGCUGAAAAUAUACUUCAUUUAGUGCUCAAUCAAGGAAUGAUAUGGAUGGGAAUGUUUUUUAGUCCUGGAUUAAUGGUAUUAAAUCUUUUCAAACUUGGAAUUCUCAUGUACCUUAGAUCUUGGGCUGUUAUGACUUGUAAUAUACCGCAUGAAGUAGUUUUUCGAGCUUCCAGAUCUAACAAUUUUUACUUUGCUCUAUUGUUAAUAAUGUUAUUCUUGUGCGUUCUACCCGUUGGCUAUGCUAUAGUUUGGGUAAAACCAUCGUUGUAUUGCGGUCCAUUCUCUGGUUACAAGAAAAUUUAUCAUGUAGCCACGAAAAACCUCACUAAUUCUCUUCCUGAGUUAAUUAAGAGGUGUCUUGAUUAUAUUGUCUCUCCUGGCAUAGUAAUUCCAUUAAUUGUUCUCAUGAUACUUAUUAUUUAUUAUAUGAUAUCACUUACCGGUUCAUUGAGAGAGGCUAAUAAUGAUUUAAAGAUACAAUUGCGCCAUGAACGUACCGAAGAACGGCGAAAAUUAUUCAAAAUAGCGAAAAAGAGAGAAGAAAUGUCCGACACGUUGAAAUGGAAGAAAAUGUUACCAGUUUUAUCUAAAAACUCGAUAACAAAGAAAAUUCUUAAAGAUGAUUCAGAAGUUGUAGAAAUAGAAAACGCAUCGAUAGAAGUUUACGUAGAUGAAAGGAAAAAUUCAGUUUCGGAAUUAACGGAUAAAUUUAUGGAACAGGACGUAAUAUUACAUGACCAGACACAACACACAUUUUCUGAAAGUGAUAAUAAUGAAAAAGAACCAGUUACCAGCAGAACCGUUUAUCUAUUGCAUCUGAAAAUAGAAUUCGACGAUGAUGGGGAUGAAGCAAAUCCAAGCUUUACCAUAUGGAAGAAAACUAAAUUCUCACAUUUCAAUUCACGUUUAAACUCUCACAAAACAUACGUGCUAUUUAUAUAACAUUUCAAAAAAAAAAAAAAACGUAAGAGAAAAAUUGUUUCCUCAACACCCUAAAAACCAUAAAAAUAUUUUGUGCAACAAUAAUAAUUUUUAUCAAAAUUUUUCUACAAAUAUUUCGCACAAAGUUUUAUUAGACGAGCAUUUCUUUUUUUUUUCGAAUAAAUUGAAUUUUUUGAAAUUAAUUUAACAUCGAAAUUUAUUUUGUUCGAAAGUGACUAUCAUACGUUCCAAGUUACAUAAACUUUAAUUGGCUAAUUGAAAUUGAAUAAAAGUUGUAGUACGAAGAAGUCUUCAACUUUUUUAGUGUAAUACGUGCGUCGAUGUAGCAUGAGCGAGGUGAAUAAAACGGAAAAAAUGAUUAGAAUUACACCUAAAGUUCGUGCACGCCAACCCGUGAACGGGUUCUCUAAAAAAGAUCACAUGAUACAUUUCCGGCUUGCUACUUCCGCUAUUCGUGGAGUAGCAUGUGUAACCACUUUAAAACCACGAUAAUCUGUGGACCUCUUUUCGUUUCAACUUGCUUUUUUAACUAAUAAUUUCAAAAAAACAGCUAACAAUUUUUUUAAAAAAAUAAGGAAUUUAUUUAACGAGGAAUUGCUAAAUUUUCUAUUUCAAAAGACGAAACAUAAUCUUAAAAAAAGUGCAAGAAAAUAUGAAAUUUAAAACGUUUCAUAAGUAAAACUUAAAAUAUACGUUGAAUUCGUAACGUAUAAUUUAAAGAGUGCGAAUAUUUUUGCUGUGAAAUGAAUCGAGGAAAUUUCGAAGUUUUCUUUAAUAUUUUAUUAUAAUUUUCCUGAUUACCUUGGCAGAAACCUCAAUACGAUUAGUUUAUUUAUGACCGCAACAUUACAAGUACAGGACGAAAGUCUAAGUCACGCGAACUAGCUCCAUCAUGGCUGAAAAAAUUUCAAGAAAGAUUGACUUGUCCUGAACAAGUUUAUGUUUUUUAAUGACUUGAUUGGACUAUCUUCGAUUUAUUCUUUUUCGAACAGACUGAAAAUAGAUUAGAGAGGAAAUAUUUAAGAUUUUACGGAGAUUAAACUGGAGAAAAAAAGUAUCGAUAAAUAUAACUAUGUAAAUACGAGAUAAAUAGCGAGAUAAAAAUUUUAAACAUAAUCGAAUAUUUUAUUAUAAUUUUCAGAGUUGAAAAGGGCAGACGAAUUUAAAUUUGAAAUCUAUUGGUGUUGAAUUUCAUAAAAGAGAAGAUUUAAUGCGAAUCGUAAUAUAAAUUGAUAAUCGUUCACAGCAACAUUGUACUUUUCUCCUGUUUGAAAGAAUGUUUAUUACACCGUGAAAGGCCGCUUGGUGACAUUCGAGCCUCGUUCACGUGUAUUAUACCUGUUCCGAUCUCUGAUUUCGUUAAUCAACAAGCGUUGCGUCCGUGUUAUUCAAGAUGAAAACAAAAAAAUUGCCAAGUUAUUAAAUAUUUGACUGUAGAAAAGAUUUUUUUUUUCCGUUAAAAAUGUUGCAAAAAUAAGCGUCUAUAAUCACAACACAAGCAAUUAAAAAGAGCGAAAGAGAAAUUUUUAUAUAACAAUUUUUAUAGGAAUAUUUUGCUUGUUAUAUAACAUGAUGUAACGAUAUAUAGAUUCCGAGAAUAGUUAUUGAACAGAAGUUUCGAGGAAUGACUUCAAAGAAUAUCUGUAAUUAUCGUAUAUUUCUAAAAAUUCAAUUUAAAAUAUUCCUACAUAUAAAAAUGGAUUUAAAUAUUUUCGAAUCUUUUAUAGAAUUAUUAAGAAAGACUGUAAUGAUCUGUACACUAAUGAUAAUGUGAUGUCAUACAAUACGUAAUAAACUGUGAAAAAUAAUA